AUGAAAUUUGUAAAAUUUUUUGCGCCGCCGCUUUUGCUUUUUAUUUGGGGAGACAUUGUUGUUUUGCAGGCGAUAAAACUUAAGAAUUUUUACCCUUUUGGACAAAGCGAAGGUGAUCAAGUUGUUCCUCCUAAUGACGACGGAGGCUCAGGAAGAGUUCCCAUAUCGUUCCCGUUUCCAUUCUUUGGACAACAUCACUUAUCAUUGUUUGUAAGUAUAGUCAUGGGUAAUUUUGUCACACUUGCUUUACAAAUAUAAAUAUCAAUGUUAGGGUGAAAAACAUUGUAAGACAUUACAAUACUAAUGUAUAAGAUGAAAUACAGGAUGGCGCCAAGGUGUGUAUCUGAGUUAUUCAGGAUGAAAAGUACACGCCAACGCCUAAGAAACUAUGAUUUUGAUCUACCCCGCUUUGAUACGGUGGCCUAUGGGAGGCAUUCGCUGCGCUACCAAGGACCUUUUAUUUGGUCGAAGGUCAGUGGUGAGCUAAGAAACUUAACAAGCCUCAAAUCAUUCAAGAAACAUAUAGGCGGUGUGGACCUUUUGAGCUAGAUAAUAAUAGUAACUGCUGUGACUUGUGUGAUUCUGAGUCGUGUAGUGGUUUAGGUUUUAGGUACUGAGAUCAUUAAUUUAAAAAUCAUGUAAUAGAUUAGUGCCAGUACUUAGGAAAGUGUCCCCUGUUAAGCUAAAUACAUUGACACUAAAAUAAAGUUAUUAUUAUUACUAUUUAGCAAGCGAAUAUUAACGUUAAAAGCCGACGUUUCGGUAUCAUCAUGAUACCAUUCUAAGAAAACUCAAACCAUCCCUAAACGUGCAGGUGGACUCGAUUCGAGCAAAGGUAUUCACUUGAAGAACUUGUGAUCCUUUGUUAUUAUGUCAAUUUGUAAAGACUAUAGAAAUCAAAUCUUCGCAUUAUUUAUUCAGUUUGCUUUGAGAAUGGUAUCAUGAUGAUACCGAAACGUCGGCUUUUAACGUUAAUAUUCGCUUGCUUAUGUUUUAAGAAAUUAUUAUUAUUAUUAUUAUUAUUAUUAACAAUAAUUAUUAUUAUUCAAGUAUUAUUAAAACGCAAAGGGACUUCCUAAUUCUGGCAAGGUGAACAUCGACCUUAUCACGUCCACCGGCGUUCCAUUUAUAUUGGUCUUAUAAAAUUAUUGUGCCUUUUCCUUCACACUGUUUCCAUCUAAACUAAGACAUUGCAGAAAGUUAACUGCAUGCAAGUCAGGGACUGAUGUUCCGUUUCAAAGUAAAUGUUAUAGAAAGUACUCUGAGACACGUGUACGGAUGGCACAACAUAGGUACCAAUUUACAAAAUACACUGGAUCAGUGGUACAGCAGUAAUGGCAGGAGCCCAUCAGAAGUCUCCUGGUGGUAACAGUGUUAUUCAGUAAACAAACAAAGUUACAUCCAUGAACAGUGGAGGGUGACAAUGGGGUGACAGCUUUGAAGGUUGAAGAUUAAUUCUUUUUCCAUUUUUGACAGCCGACGUUUAAAUUUAAGAGCUUUUGACGGUUGACAGUUACUAAUUUACUAAUGCAGUCAAAAAGUUAAUUAAAAGUAGUAUUAACUUCUGUACGAAUUAAUAUUAAAUGUUUGUUUUAGAUGUUGUCUUUUUGAGAACAUGGGAACUGGUUUUUCCAGUUUAGAUCAGUUUAGAAAUUCUUCAGGAGCCGGAAUGCCGUGAAGAUCAGCUGAAAAGUGAGAUUUAAAAUGCUUUAAAGCUUUUUGACGGUUAAUCUUGCAUCUUUUAUAAAUUAAUCUAACAUCAACUCUAACAACUACAUAAUAAUAUGGUCGUCGGAAGCCCUUAAAGUGUAAUUAGUCAGAAUCGUUUAAAUAUGACCUGGCUAACAAACGUCAAUCUUUCUAACAAAGACGAGUAUAGUUACGUAAUUUAAAUUGAAACGUACUGAUCCUUGAACUUCAAGAAUUGAUUGUAGGAUGGGCCCAGGAGGUACACUUUUUAAACUAGGUUUUUUUUUAAAGCAUGCACUACUCUGUGGUGUGGCUCUAAUUGUCCUACAUGCUUCAAGUAAGUCACCCCUUGAAGCCAGUGGGCCAAAGAAUGCGAUUAUUGGGCCCUUCUUUACUGCUCCUUAUUUAGAGUUAGGUACACGGAUUUUAACUAUAAUUCAUUUGGAAGGUUGCCCGGUCAGAGCAGUUGAUAAAUAACAAGCCCGGCCAGUGCAAUCGAUAAAUAACAAUAUCGGAAAACAAAUCGAUAAGUCAGUAACUUUCGAUAACCACAUUUUUAUUGAUAUCGAUUAUAUCUGUAAAUCGAUAGAAAUCAAUGGCCACAACUUUUUUUAGCUGUGAGCGCUAUCAAGUCACAGGUAGCCCAAGCUCGAAAUAUGAGCAUCGGCGAGCAUCGGCAUUGUUGCGUAACAUCCGAAAUAUAAGGAUUUGUAUGGGGAAAAAACCUUUCGUUUCUGUAACCUACGAAAAUGAAAGGAUUUCAAUAAAAAAAAGACCGGUUACCUUACUUAGAAUGUGUGUUACGUCUCUACUGUGUGGUCCAUGGGCCGAUUUGUGGCCGUUCUAUGGGUUGUACUGUAAACGGUUUUCUCUCAAAAUGUAAACUCCAUAUUUCGAGCUUGGGCUACCCGUGAUCGAGUUACUGAUAUUAUCGAUUUCAUUAUCUUUCACUUCAUUACCCUCUAGGUUCAAACCUAAUGAAUGCAUUGAAAACUGGGUCUUCUUUGAAAGACUUGCAUUGCGUACAGCUAGCGAUUGGCGUUGUCAUAUGAUUUUAAUGCUUUUCCAUUUACUUGCAAUGGUGUAUACUAGCUAUAUUAGUUUGGUUAGCUGAUCGGCGCUUUAUGAUUAAUUAAGCAGCCAUUGAGCCCUCGUCGCUCGCCAGCAAAUCGCGAUAAACGAGGGCGUAAUUGUAACAUAACUUCGUUUUUUCUCAAUCGCACUGGCUGAGAUAAGAACUAGACGGAUUUUAAGAGAAAAGGAGGACUGCAAGCAGUCUAACAGGAUUUAUAGUCGUGGAACAAUGUUGAUUCGCCCAAAACCACAAAGAUCGGUUACAUGAAUUUUUUUAAUUCAGUUCCAGUCAAGUUAUUCUGUCUUCAAAGUUAAGGUUCUUUCUUUCGCUCCUCUUGUUUUGGAACCAACUUCACUAACGUUCCGGAAACGUUAUCCCGUCCUUUGGCAUCGAUGAACUUCGAUAAAAAAGAAAAGAUAAAGAUCGAUAAUUAUCGAUUGGUCACAACUUUUUAAUCUGUCAAUUUUUAUCGAUUUUGUAUUUUAUCAAUGGAGUUUAUCGAUAGUCAUCGAGUGUUAUCGAUUAUAGCCUAAAUUGAUUGCACUGGCCGGAAAGAUUGAGAGAGGAUUUGCAUUUACCAUAAACUAGAGUAGCGCGUUCUUGUUUCGACUCGUGGCUUCAAUAGCGUAGAAUAAAAAACGCUCUUGUUAAAGAACGAGGAACACACAUGGGCAUAACGCUAGUUUCCACUAAUGCUGUGCAUUUUUCCACUCAAAAAGUUGUUUGUCAUGUCAACAAUAAUUUUGUCCAUCCGUACGAUCCACACGACUCGACAACUUUUCGAAGCGAUAAUAUAAUAAGAUACAUUUUUCCCUCGACAAAUCCUGGUAAGCUGACAUAGUUGUCUACUCGUAGGAGUUUUAAACCUUGGCUAUUUUUCCACUCGUAUCGUGUCGACUUCAUUUGGCAUGAAUGAAAGCCUCAAGUGUCGUCUCAAGGUGAUGAUUCGAGUAGUCAAAGGCCGCACAUCUGGGGUGAAAUGACAGGCCGUACGUGGACUGAUGGAAAUUCAUUUUAUUCCGACUGGACAAUAACUCUAGCAUCAGAUUAUUAUAACUCGUUAAGUUAAGCUUCUUGGCUGAUACUCAAACAACAAACUUUCUAGCUCUAGACGUAACUAGCAAAGGGGAAUGCCCCUCCUAAAGAAAAUGGGUUGACUUUAGAAGAACAGUGCUCCUUAAUGGAUGAAUAACCGUUUAUAAAUACUAUGACCAACUUCAGUCAAGAAGAUCUUCAAAACUUUUGCUUUAGUGCUAUACAUACUUGUAUAACGUCUAAAAAAGUGUACCUACGGAAGUGAAAAUGAUGGCUGCACUAAGAAUUUAUGGGGCUUCAGUAGAACAAAACCAAAAACGUCUUAAACGUAGUCUAAAUAUCCCCUAAUUAGUAAGGAAGGCGUGUGUUAGCUAGCAUCAAACUAGACCAGCUUGAAUCAUCAUCUUACCUCAGUUGACGAAUAGCUUUUCGGAAACACUAUUUUUGGGAAUAGUUAUGUUUAUCUGCUAAUAAAGCUUUUUAUUUCAGAUCAACACCAAUGGAGUAAUCUCAUUUCUGACAAACGUUAACCAGUACACACCAGAUAGGUCUCCUCUCGGCGAUAGGCGACGACUAGUAGCACCAUUCUGGGCUGAUGUAGAUACUAGAGUAGCCGGAGAGGUAUUCUACCGCGAGACUUCGGAUAUAACUUCUCAAGAAAGCAACUGCUGA